AUGUCCGAUUUUACCCUCGAUUAUAUACCGCUUCUUGAUGAUGAUGAUAUUGAUGAUGAUUCAGUGACUAUGGCUGUCAAAAAAGAGAUUGAGAGGGAGAUGGCGAAGAUCGCAAACACGAAACAGUUACAUAUUAAAGUUGUCGAGCAGUUUCCAGAUGGUAAUAUAGUGCUUCCAUACGAUAUUCCCAUUACAAGCAAAGGUAUGGGAAUACCGUCAUUGGCACAGAAAUACACGUCAUUUAAUGGGGGUUCAAUGAUGACUAAGGAGGAUAAAUUGAAACUUUUAGCGAGCUACUCGAUGUUAAGAUCAAGAUCUCUUGAUAUACUCCAGCAUAAUAGUAAUCUGGUGGGAAAUCAAUGGAUAAUGAAAUUGGAUCAACUGGAAAGGCUGAACAAGCAAGCAGAUUCUGAAUUAAAUUUGAAGCGAAGACGAAUUGAUGAACUACUGGAAAUCAGAAAACGAAGAUGUCUUGAAUUCAAGCCAAUCAACGAAUUUAUGAGGAAUAGAUGGAAUGAAAAGAUCGAUGAAUUAAUAGUGGUGGGAGUUCAACUGGCUGAGAGGCAGCUACAAAAAGAUUAA